UUUCAAAAUUCAAAAGUGGCCCCUCAGUCUCGGAUAAUAGUAAUACACACAAGCUGCUCACAGAUUCGCUUCUCUCACUUAGGGUUCCAAAUUUUAGCAGCUGAAGAAUUUUUUUUGCUGUUCUAUCUUCUAGCACUAACUCCAGUAACUCGUGGAGUUUGUGUUUCUAUAUGUAGGAAAAUUGGGAGCUUUGAUGCUUCAAUGUUUGGUGUUUGGUUGUGAUCGUGUUACUGUUCUUUGGUUUUGCUUAAUUGAAGAAUAUAAAGAACUAAUGAGCGUGGUGGUGCAAGUGAUUUCUAAAGUAUGGUAAUGGGGCCAAAUGUUGAGACGAUGACAGCGAAUGGCGUUGCCUGUAACAUUGAGAUUGGCUCGCUUGGAUUGGGAGGCAAUGGUUUGGUUACUUACAAGAGGCGAAGGGCUGUAAAAGUUGCCGAGGGUGGGAAGACUUUUGAUGAUUCAAGUAGUCAACCCAGCGAGAAGGUUUGUCAAUGAAGCACUCAGUUGAUCAAGCUAAAUGUUUCCAGAAGGAUUCAGAUGCUAUGCCAGUCUCAUUCAGUGAUUGCUCACUCAAGCACCAAAGAAAUAUUAUUCUGGAGCAGAUAUAUCAGUCACUGGAUAGCGAAGGUGGUUUAGUGAAGUGCAUCCAAAAUGCACUUCUGUUUCAUCCAGGAAGUAGUAGCAGAACUACUGUUAAAGAAUCUGUUCAUUCUUGUGAGGAUUGGAACAAUUGCAUAUUCCAUGCUGGGACUCUGCAUGAUGAUCUCCACAAUGCAACUAAGGACAGUGUGGGUACAUCCUGUGGAUCAAUCAAUGAAUCUAACCAUUACACAUUCACAGAGAUCUGCCUGUGCUCCUUCUCUGGUAUUAUAAUGUCAGAAAAGUUUGCAGAAUUAUGCGGUCUACUCCUUCAAAACUUCCAAGGAAUUAAGGCUGACAAAUUAUUUGAUUUGAAUCACAUAAACUCAAGGAUGAAGGAGAGAGCGUAUGAAAAUUCACCAUUGCAAUUUCAGUCAGACAUCCAACAGAUAUGGAUGAAGCUCCAAAAGGUUGGCAAUGAUAUAACUGCUCUUGCUAAGUGCCUGUCGGACAAAACAAUGGCUUCUUUCUGUGAACAGGUAGGCAACUCUGCACACAGCAUUUCUGAGUAUGGCAAACCUGAGUUCCUUACACAACAAUCUGAUAUGCACCCUAAACCCGAGCCAAUAGAGGCCUCUGCUCUCGAUGAAGCCCAUACCUGCCAGCAUUGUAAAUUGAAGGCAGAUGGAAGAAACUGUCUGGUGUGUGAUUCAUGUGAGGAGAUGUAUCAUAUCUCCUGUAUUGAGCCUGCUGUUAAAGAAAUCCCCACUAGAGGUUGGUAUUGUGCCAAGUGUACAGCAAAGGGAACUGAAUCCCCACAUGAAUACUGCACAGCUUGUGAGAGGCUGAAUGCGACUAGAUCACCAUUUGAUGACAAUGAAGAAGAUGAUUUUAUGUACGGAAAAAGAGCAGCAGAAUUAGAGGAGAGUUCAAAUGAAUUAGUGGCUAAUGAAGGGGGUAAAAGAUCGCGACGCUGCACAGCUUGUAGAACUGAAGUUAGAAAUGAUGAGGAGUACAGGAUAUGUGGCCAUUCCUUCUGUUCCCACAAGUUUUACCAUGUGAAAUGCUUGACAAGUGAGCAGUUGAUUUCUUAUGGUCCGUGUUGGUAUUGCCCUUCGUGUCUGUGUAGAGCUUGCUUCACCGACCGAGAUGAUGAUAAGAUUGUUCUAUGUGAUGGCUGUGAUCAUGCGUAUCACAUCUAUUGCAUGCAGCCACCUCAUUCUGCCAUACCCAAAGGGAAAUGGUUUUGCCAAGAAUGUGACAUCGAUAUCCAAAGUGUACGGAGAGCUAGAAGGACAUAUGAGAAUCUGCAAAAUAUUUCUAGGAAGAGUGACUUAGAUAGAAAAGUAAAGGGCGAGGGGUCUUUGAACAAGUCGGAUGGAGUGGAUAUGCUUCUACAUGCAGCAAAAACUGUGAGCUAUGAGGAGAAUCGGCCGACCCUGGGAUUAACAACUUAAUAAGCUGAUAAACGUACUAGUCCAGGAAGAAUGACUUCAACCACAAUUUUUUUCCAGACGGGGAGUUAUUUCCCGUUCCAGUACUUCCAAUCUACUUAAGGCAGCAUUACGAUGACAAAAAUUUUUGCAGAUCUUUAGACAGACUAAAUUUGGUUACAACUUCUGCAGUAGAAGAGAUCCAGCUUUUGUAUUGCAACAGGUGCUGUGGAAUUGAUUGAGUUGUAGUUUCUGGCCACUACUUUUUGAUUAUAUUCAAUAUGCUUCGACCUUUGAGGUGAUUCUUGUGAAGGGCUUUCAAUUGGAAAUAUUUUACUGAAAGAGAUGUUGUAUUUUGCUAAAAUUCGGAAUAUAACUUUGGCCCAAAGGCCUCCAACCGA